UGGUUACCAAGACAACGGACAUUGAAAUAACAAGAACAUGAGUGGCCAAUUUGAUUUAGACUAUGUUUCUCUCCCAAUCUCAAAUGAAGCAAAUAAGCAACUUGAGGAAGGUGUCCAGCAGAAGAAGACAGAGAUCAAUGCCCUCCAACAGCAAAUAGGAGAGCACAAUGACCGUAUUCACAUUCUUUCAGAGCAUUUGAAAAAUGUGCAGCAAGAGCUCAAUCUAACUCAAGCUCUCUAUGAGGCUAGGAGGAAAGACGUAGAGACUGAAAAACAUUUAAUACAAGUUGCUGACAGAGAAGAAGGGAGGCUUAAAGAUGGCUAUCGUGAGCUCCAGUCCAAACAAGAGAAGCUCUCUGAGCUCAUGAAUACUUACGAGAAUAACCUCUUCAAGACAAACUCUGAACUUGAGAAGAUAAGAAAACAAAUGAAUUGGGAGAAACAGACUCUUGAGGCGUGGCUAGAGGAGUCGGCAAGGAGAGACGAAGAUGCUUCCACGAUAGCUAAAUAUGCUCGCUCAGAUGAGGCUAAAAUAAAGGAAUUGCUAUUGAAAUCUGAGGAGCUUAACAUCUCGUAUGUCAAAGCAAAGCAUAGCCUCAACGUGGAGUCAAUGGAUACUGUAGCUGCUCAGAUCGAAUUAGACAAUACAGCCCAAGCUUUCCGCCAAGCGCACGAUGAGAGACAGUCCCUGAUCCUUCAAUGGGAGCAAAUUAUUGAACAAAUGAAGAGAAGAGACCAAGACAUGGACCGGACUGCAACCGAGCUGGCGAGACUAAAGGCAGAAAUUAAAGUACUUGAGGGAUCUGUCAAUGAGAAGAAGCAAUUUCUUGAAGAAGAAAAGAAUAAUAACAAAGAAAUGGAAAAGAAGGUCCACGGUGCUGAAGUACUCUCAGCUAAAACUCACAAUGAAUACCAAGAGAAAGAGAAGAACAAGCAGCAACUGAAAGAUGAAUUGGAAACGUUAAAGUAUUCCGUGGAUCGAGCGGCAGCCGAUCUUGAGAGCAUGAGAGGGCAAAGCCAUCGCAUGACCAAAGAAAUACAGGACAAGACCAAUCGGCUGGACACUCUGCACCAUCAGCUCCUGAUAAUGCAGGAAGAGCAUAAAAGAGCAAUACAGAAGACACUGAGUGCUGAGGACAGAGCUCAAAAGAUGGACCAGUUACUGGCACAAGAGGAGGCCACUGUACAACAGCUAGAGAAAGAGUUAGCCGGGAAAAGGGAGAAGAAGUUUAAGCAGUCACAGCAACUUCAGGAAGUGAAGAGACGAAAGCAAAACAUUGAAGCAGAGAUACAAAGUGCAAAGGUUGCGUUGCGUAACUUAUCAUCAAACCAACGGAAAGUUGACGAUGAAGCACUCAAGCAACAAGAACUCCUUUAUAUACAGGACUUCCAGCUCCAGCAGUUGGACCAUAAGCUAAACAGAUUGGAGGGAGAGAGGACUGAAGAAGAGAAGGCUCACCUUACUAAGAAAAUGAAGGAAUUAGAAGCUGAUUGGGAGAGUCAGAGUCAGUCAGAGACACUGCUGAGCAGUCAACUGAAGAGACUUCAGGAUGACCUGAGGAGAGCCUCACGUCAAAUUGAAGUUAAGCAGAAAGAAAAGAACACACUACUGGGAAAAAUAGAUGAGCUUAAUCUUCACAUUGACAGCACGCAGAGGGAACUGCGAAAGAUGAUAGCAGCUAAACAGGAUCUCAUGGUAGACGAAAACAUCAUUAAACUCGAAGUGAAAAGAUUAAGAGAUGCUUUAUUCAGUUGCUCUGAUGAUGUCGUUGGACUAGAGAAAGACAAGCAGCAGUUGAUGACAGUAAUGUUGGAGAGAAAGAAAGAGAUAGCAGUUCACAAGGAAAUGCUUAAAGUUCAGAUCAAAACAAACGAAGGAGAAAGGCUCACAUUUAGUACUGAGCUUCAUGAUCGCAUUGCCAAGAUCGAUCGAUUAAGAAAAAGAUAUGAAAUACUUACAAUAUCAAUGAACCCACCCGAAGGAGAGGAAGAACAUUCACAAACGUACUACGUCAUCAAAGCAGCUCAAGAGCGCGAGGAGCUACAAAGAGAAGGUGACGACCUUGACGCUAAGAUCAGGAAGGCAGAAAAAGAGAUACAAGCUUUGGAGAACACUCUAGCUCUCAUUAAUUCAAAAAACAAUAAAUUUAGGAAAAGUCUUCAGACUUACGAUCCAUCAGGGGAGGAUUCCCUCGAAUUAGAGACAUUAGAGGGACAAUUCAAAGCAUCUGCUGACAAGUAUAGGCACAAAAGGAAACAAUUACGUCAACUUGAAAGUGACAUCCAAUCAUUGAAUAAUGCUCUGUCCCUGAUCACUGCUGAACAUGAUAACUGUAACAACUCACUCCAAGACACUAAAGAUAUGCUGGCUCAAUAUACUAAAGAAUAUGAAGAUACUAAAGUUAAAUUAGACAGAGCAAACAAGCAAUCUAUAAAACUGGCAAAGGAAAUAAGACUAAAGAAGAACACGACUGAUAAAACUGAUGUUGAGGAGGAUAUAGAGUUGAGAGAAUUGCGUGACUUCAACACAUCAGUGUUCCACCAGUUGGGCACUAUAGCAGCUAGUGACUCUAACCUUGCUGACACUAUACACCUACUCCUAUCACAAGUUGGUCUUCCUCCUCCUCCUCCUCCUACUGGUAUUAAAGCAAGUUCUCUACCUUCAUCUGCUCGUAGUUCAACCAGCCAGCUGAGCACAUCAAGCACAAGUUCCCGUCAAUCCACCCCCAGACAAUCACUGCAGUACAAACCAAUUGAUAUCAUUUUGACUGGUCAAUCCACUCCACCUCGUGAUGGAAGGACCACACCACAGGAGAGCUCUUCCCCCAGAAGCAGCAUUAGCUCGUCAGGCAGCAAAGGAAGCAGUAGAAGACACUCAAAACCACCAUCACCACUUGCUUCACCUCACAGCAGCACAGGGAGUGCCUCUAGACCUGCCAGUAGCUUAGAUUUAACUAUCAGACCCACAUGAACUGCUUGAAGACUUAUACAUGUACAUACUCACUGAGUUCUUUACUUAUUGAUUAAUCAAAA